GUCUCGGCUGAUGGGCCGGCCCGGGAGGGGGCGGGGCCGGCAGGUGCCUUCAUGAAUAACUUAAACAACCCUCCCCACUGGAACAUCCAGCCCAAUCGGCGCGAUCCCGGUGAUGACGGGAGCAGAUGGAACUACGCUCUGCUGGUCCCCAUGCUGGGCUUGGCCGCCUUCCGUUGGAUCUGGACCAGAGAAUGUCAAAAAGAAAUAGAAAGAGAAAAACAAGAGUACCAUAAAAAGCAGUCAUCUUUACAAAAAGACCUGGAAGGCAAAUACCGGGAUAUAAUCACGGAGAACCGUCGUGCUGUUGCUCACUUGGAGGUGGAGCUGGAAAAGGAACGCAACAGAACCCUGAGUUACCGCGAAGCCCUCGUGUCCCAGAGCCGCAAACUAGUAGAAGAAAGGAGGCUCCUAGAACAGGAACAGGAGAAGUUGGAGCGAGAAAAGCAAGUCCUCUUGCACUCAGGAGCAGAAGGUAGCUUGUACCAGAGUUGCCUGGCAAAGGAAGAAGAGUGGCAAAAGAGAGCCAAUAUUUUACUGAAAGAAUUUGAAGAGGGACUUAAAGAAAGACAGGACAUCUACUGCAGUCUCGUUGUACCCAGAAGUCAGAGACUAGAAAUAGAGAAAAAUCUGCUAGUUAAAGCAGCAACUGAUCCUGUUGCUAUGGCUUUACAUGUGGAAAGUGGCUUAAAAGAUAUUUUCAAAUAUGAUAACUACUGUGGUAAUAUGCUGAACAGAAACAAAAGUCAAAAUGGAAAGCUUAUGUGGCUGUAUCUGAGAAACUGGGAACUAGCUGUUGAACUGCAGAAGUUCAAGAGGGUAGAAAAGGCCAUGUUAGGAAAACACUAAGUAGGGAAAGUAAUGGGAUUCUGCGUGAUCCACCGUGCAUGGUAGGGACAAUCACAGUUGUAGUCCGAAGCUGUUAAACUCUUCUACCGUGUUGCCAUCUCCCCUCCUCACUGCACUUGUAUUUGCAUGGGACAUGCGGUGCUGGUGCCUUUCCUUUCACUAACAGCGGACGCUCCGGCGAGCUGUGCAUGCUCUUAAACUCUGUGAGUGUGUUUGUAUUGCAGACUGCAGUGUAGUGUAGAGAUAGGCCAGCUUCCACAGGUAUCAGAAGCAGCAAAAUAGAACUGGGUUUAGAGGGAUUUACCUAGUUGGUGGUCACACUCCAUCAACAGGGAAGUGUGGUUUGUCUCCCCCAAGUGCGGUAGCACACUGUGCUCCUUAUCCCUGACUUUUUACAUGGUAUCAUAAGACUAUCUUUUUUUAUUAUUAUUAUCAUUACUACCAUUUUUCAAAGUUUGUUUAAGCAAGACUGAUUUUGAGGCAGAUAUUCAGAAGGGACAAUGUUUGGGCAAGCUGCUUGACACAAAUCCUACAUGUCUGUACAUACAUUCAUACAAGUACGUGUAUGCGUGAAUGUGUGUGUGUAUAAAUGUAUGUAUUAGUAUUCUGGGGGGGGAAUAGCAUGAUCCUGUUUCAAAUUCAUCAGCCUUUCAUUGUCUUCCAGCUUGAUAUACAAAUAGUAUUUUAAGAAUGAAACAUAGGGAAGAUGCUAAUUAAAAUAACAUGUAAAGAAACAGACUGAUGUGAGUCUCAUUGGGGCUCAGGAUCCAUUCUUGAGUACUAGAGUGUAUAAACUUGAAGUUACAUUCUUAUCGUGUUGGAGAUAUGUUAGGAAUACUUGUAUUUUUUUCUCAGCUAGAGUUUUAGUUGUAACCCAGCAAUGUGCCUCCAUGAGGGAUGAUGUCACCAUGCUGCUGCCUCUGCCUCCCAGGACACUGGCUGCUACCUGGUUAGCUUGUAGGAACCUCCUUGGGUUACAGCUGUUGCACCUGGCUUUGCUCCUUGGACAGGUCCUGUUUGUUAUUUGCAGGUAGAAACUUAAAAGCAGCCUGCACUGGUAGCCACAGUCUCCCUCUCUGACUGUCUCCAUUCUCCCAGAACUGAAGUACACUUCCCCACAGCUCUUAAAUUUUGACCUUACGGUUCACCACUUCAUGUACACCUGACCAUGAUAGCCUACAGAUGUACAAGCUUUGCAAACUUUUAAGAGAGGGGACUUUUUAAUUUAGUUAGUAAAAACAAAAUAGAUACGGUAAAAAUAAAAUUAUAGAUAGAGGAAAAGAAAAUAAUACAGGAAAAUAAGCAGCUCUAGAUUAAAAAAUACCAACAUCAACAAAAAAGCCAUUGCCUGAAAUCUCUUAAAACUUUGAGUAUACUUUGACUCCUUUUAGCAAUAGAAACCACGUUCUUUUUCAACAGUGCCAUGUAUUUUGGAUAACUUUUUUCUUCCUCCUUUGUAAUCCAGCCUUAGACCUCAAAGGGGCAAUGUUUAACCUUCUGUUUAUACUAUCUGGUCUUCUCUGUUACUUGACUUUGAUUAGUGUUGGUAGGUUGUCAGGUCUUUAAUUAGCAGUUCAUUAUUUCCUGAGGGCUAGACUUGGUAAACAGGUUUGCUCUAGGCAAUCAUCUAGAAUCAUGUCUUGGAAGCAAUCCAGCUUUGUGAAUGCCCAUCCAAGUUCAACAGAGAGCUCUUACAGAUGUGGGGUUUUUUCUGUUACUGUUUUCUCUUGGUUUCAUCUCAGUCUGGGCACAGAAGAAAGCAGAUAAAUCUUUUGAAAUAGUGUGUGCAACCUAAUCCAAUUACUCAGCAAAAAUACCUAACAUGGAAUGAGAUUCCUAAACGAAAUAGGUGCUUCCCAACUACUCAGUUUUGCAGUUGUGAUUUUGCUCACCUUAUUGGUACUAAUUAUACUGUUAUGUUGAUCUAUUAGUAUUUUAUGUACUAUUUUUUUUUAAUAAAGUUGUAGUCGACAAACCUAGAGGAAAGAAAAGAGCUCAUCACAAACACCAGAAGGGGCACAGUGUGUCUGGAUGCGAAGCGUUAUGUGGGUUGGGAGAUGAGAAUGCAAUUGAGUUACUACUCACGUGUGACUGCCUGAGCCAAGCUGCUGCCCCUGGCCAUAUACACACACCCUAACUGCCGAGUAGAACAAAUCAGUUUGAAAAACCUACCCCAUGUGCAAUUCCUUCUGAAUGUGGAAAGUGACCAUCCAGCUGUGGCGCCUUUCGCAAGUCGGUACAGGCAGUUCAGCCACUCAGCAGACAAACGUCAGAUGAGAAAUCAGUGCCAAUGUAUUUGAGAUUCAUGCCUUGAAUUUGUACAUCUCAGUAUUAAAAGAGCAAAGAUUUUACGCUUUUUCAUUUUUUUGUAGUUUGUCACUGACAUCACUCAAAAUGUUUAAAGAAAUUGUAAUCAAGAGGGUAAAAUAUUUUUUCAGUAUAAAUAUGUAUGCUGAAGCAUCAUACGGUCAGUUGUACAGGGUUGGAUGCAAUAGAAUAGAUGCACUUCUUUUUUAGAAGUGUUGGUUAUUUGUUCAACUAAUCACUGAACUAUUGUUCAUGGACUUUGAAGAUCACUGUAUAAAGACUGAAGAGUUAUGUCAGGAGGCUUUUUAAAAGUGUGUAACUGGUUUAGAAGCACUGGUCCUGUUAGUUUCUACCCAAACCCAUGUUUGUAUGUGUGUGAUGUAUUUUUGAAACAUUCCCCCUUUGUAGGUUUUUAUGUUGAAAAUGCUAAUUUAAGUUUUAUCUUGCCCAGCACUGUUAUUCUGGAUUGGUUAAUUGUUUGGAACUGCCCAUAUAUAUUUAGAAUGCAAGAAAAAAUUUAAAAUAUGUAAUGAACUUUUUUUGUUAUGAAAAUUGUCACUCGUUAAACAAUAACAAUUAAUAAAAACUUACGUAUUUCUGCA